AUGACCCCAACUCCUCCGUCUGCUACGACCUCCUCCUCGGGCCACUCGCCUGAGGAGCAGUUCAGGGUGAAUCGUAUUGACCGUCUGGAAGGUUUAGUUCUAAGUUUGAUGCACGGCGGUGCCAACGUUGAUCCAGCUUCGGUCGCCGCUGCUGCCGCUGCUUCAGCAAAUGCAUCCGGCCCAGAGCCCUCGAAUGCCGAUAGCGGCUCUUCAGCCCGACCCGACCAAGACGACGAGGGAGCUAUGAAAGACGACGAGGAGGAAGAUGGAGACAGCGACGUUGACGACGGCCUAGCCACGUCUUUAGGCGUGCUGAAAGUUGACGCAGACAAGGGCAAUUCCAUGUACGUUGGGCAGGAACAUUGGCAUACGCUACUAGCCGACAUAUCGGAAGUCAAGAACUUCUAUACCUCGCAUAAGAAGGACCUUGAGAACAGCUAUCAGAGGGUAAUGUCUUCGAAACCAGCGACAGCCCGAGACUCGCCUAUUUUCUUGCUCUCAGCACCGCCAGCAUCAGAGGUCGAACUAAGAGCAGCGUUGCCUUCCAAGACAGCAGUAACGACUUUGGUUUCGAGGUACUUCAACUCUCUGGAUACAGCGGCAAGUAUAAUACACGGGCCGACGUUCCAGCAGCAAUUACGAACUCACUGGCAGGACCCGUCGAAAUCAACUGUCAUGUGGAUGGGCUUGUUAUAUUCCAUGCUAUGUCUGUCCAUGCUGAGCUAUCACAAAGUGGGCGAUGAGCCUCAGGAGUGGAAGGGGACGUCUCUAGAGUUGGCGGCAGAGUAUCAGCUACGAACAGUGCAGUGCCUGGUCGUGGCUGAUUAUACGAAACCAGUCGAAUAUACAGUGGAAACGUUGCUGCUCUACCUCUUCGGUGAAUAUUCCUCACGAUGGGAUGCCGACCUUGGGCUGUGGCUCAUCGUUUCCAUCACUACGAGGAUUGCUUUCCGCAUGGGUUACCAUCGAGAUGCAGAAUGGUUUCCAUCUAUCACGCCUUUUCAAGGAGAGAUGAGGCGUCGAACAUGGUCGUUGCUGCGCAUGGCAGAUACAAUGUUCUCAUAUCAGGUGUCUUUGCCAACCAUGAUAUACGAACAUGAUACGGAUACGAAACUACCGCACAAUAUCUUUGAUGAAGAAUUCGGGAUUACUACCAAGGUUCUGCCGCCAGCUAGACCAAUAACGGAACCGACCCCAAUCGCAUAUAUGAUCAGCAAGACCAAACUCUCCCAUGAAUUCGGGAGUAUUCUCCAAGCUGUCACUCGCGUGGGACACCAUGUGACAUAUGACGAGAUUCUGCAGCACGACCGGAGGCUUCGCGAGAUCAUGGAUGAAUUUCCACCGCACCUCAAACUUCAAGCGCUGGAAGGGUCACACGAUCCCGUGACGCUCAUUAUUGCGAGAUUUAACCUCAAUCUCUUGUACCAGAAGAUUAUGUGCAUGCUGCAUAGAAAACACAUGGUCAGGGCUCGACAGAACCCUCGAUAUGCUCACUCCCGCCGCAGCGCAAUCGAAGCUGCAUUGGAGACUCUGGGCCAUCUGAAGACCAUACAUCGGGAGUGCCAACCUAACGGCAGGCUCCGUACCAUGAAGUGGUUCGUCUCGUCCACAUCCAGAGAUACGCUACUCCCAACGAUGCUUGUGACGCUGGACCUCCACCACGACAACCUUGCCGUGGCAGCGGGUAAGCGGCAAAACUCGCAAACAUUAUAUUUCUGGACACCAAACCAGCGUCGUGAUAUGAUCAGCCUCUUGGAGGAUGUCCGCAACAUCUGGAAAGCGCUGGCACAUGAGUCGGUGGAGGCUUUCAAGGCGUCCAGUAUCCUCGACAUCAUGUUGGAGAAGAUCAAGAGCCCCGAUCCAGCUCCGGGUGGUGCCGAAGUACCACCGGCCCAGACUGAGAACCUCUUUGCGAACUUCGGGUCCAGCGAUAUGCAGCCUGAACAUUCAGCAGCUAUGACUCUCGGCAUGCUAUCGGGAGGGUUGACACCUAACAACUUCCAAUCUCCAGGUGGCACGACUUAUCCAGAUCUAGAUCUCGGUGCAGGAUUAGGUGGAGGCACCGGGCUUACGCCAGAGUUCCAGCCCGACCUUGGUGGUAUCAACAACGCGGCGUCGCCAUUCUCGAUGUUCACGAACCUGGGCAGUGCUAACAACAUGGCCAUCGAUCAGAACUUCAACUGGGACGCCUUUGACAACUAUGCGCAAACGGCAAAUUGGGGACCCGAUCAGACGUCCUUCGGCUUCUUUGGCGGCAAUCCUGAGCAGCAGACCCAGUCGCAACAAGAGCCAUCUACCGACGGCUCCUUCUCGUUCAUGAACACCGAUAAUACCCCUGGCUGA